UACACAGUGAGACAACACAAGAGACAAACUGCAGCAAGAGCAAAAAAAAAAAAGCUAGGGGAAGGUAGAAUAAACAACAGAGAGAAAGAGAGAAGGGCAUUGGUGAGAGAAAACUGACAAAGGAAAUAAGUUAAAAAAGCAAAAAUUUGUCUGAAAAAAAAGAAGCAGAAAGACAUUAAACAGAAUCUGUCCAGUAGAUGUGACAAGAGAAAAAGGAGAGACCGGUAAGAAGUAAGAGAGAAGGAACAUUACUGGUUUUGGAAAUGAAGCGAUGGAUCCUGGCCUGGCUACUGGCCUUCAUUCUGCAUACUGAAUUCCUGUCUGCUCAGACAGAAGAUAAUAAAGUCAAGGUAAGCAUUUCAGGACGGACAGUUAAAAUCAUGUGCCCCUUGGAAAAACAGAUAAUUAUGAAUAAGGCAAAGACCGAAUUGGCAAAACAGGGAAACCUUGAACUGCUUGAAUUUACUGAUGAAAACAAUGGGAUGUACCAGUGUAUGGAGAAUGAAAAAGAUGACUCCCCAGCAUACCUCUACCUGAAGGCCUAUGUAUGUGACAAUUGCAGAGAGGUCUCCAUUCCUGUAGUGGCUGGAAUACUGAUUGUGGACUGCAUGGUAACUCUGGCAGUGGCUUUUGUUGUCUAUUUUGGAUGCAGAAAACAAACUGGGCAUCUGAGAGAGGGAGGAAUGUCUAACGGAGCCCGGGCUAAAGGAAAGCAAGAAAAGCCUCCACCCGUCCCAAAUCCUGACUAUGAGGUGCUCAGGAAGGGCCAACGUGAUUUGUAUGAUGGACUGGGAGCGGCGACACGUUUUAAGUGAACCAUUGGAGACUUAUUGGAUAUUUCUAUAUGCUUUUUUGUGAAAUGCAUUUAAUAAGAAUAUAUUGUAAUUAUAUAAUUUUACUUCAUUUGUUAUUUACUAAAAAGGCUCAGCUAGUGUGCAAAUGGAAACUAACCUAAUCUGCAGGUAUAUGUUUCAGUGGUUAUGAAUUUUCUCAGAAAAAGGUAUUCUCCUUAGUGCAGCACAAUAUCUUUAUGAUUUAUGGAUCCAGAAAGGAAAAACAUUUUUUGGCUCAAUAAGAUAUUCCCUGUUAAAUUAAAAAUAAACCUUAUUUCUAAA